GGGCGCCCCCGCGCGGAGGGCGCGGAACGCGGCGGGUUUGGGCCGAAACCCGACAGAAAAGGGCAACGCGGAGGGGAGGAGCGGUCACCGGUGGCGUCACGCCUCGUCCCUGGCGGCUCGCUGGCGUCACUCCGGCCACCCCCUCCACCGAGGAACAGAAUGAGCCAGGGGGGCUCAAACCCAGCCGCAGUUCCACACGCCGCUGAAGACAUUCAGGGAGAUGACCGGUGGAUGUCACAGCACAACAGAUUUGUCUUGGACUGCAAAGACAAGGAGCCCGACGUGCUCUUCGUGGGUGACUCCAUGGUGCAGUUGCUGCAGCAGUAUGAGAUAUGGCGAGAGCUCUUCUCACCACUUCAUGCAUUGAAUUUUGGGAUUGGUGGAGACACCACAGGACAUGUUCUAUGGAGACUGAAGAACGGUGAACUGGAGAACAUUAAACCGAAGGUCAUUGUUGUUUGGGUUGGAACAAAUAAUCAUGAAAACACAGCAGAAGAAGUAGCAGGUGGAAUCGAGGCUAUCGUGCGCCUGAUAAACACUCAGCAGCCACAGGCCAAAGUUAUUGUACUGGGCCUGCUACCUCGUGGAGAGAAGCCAAACCCGCUGCGGCAGAAGAAUGCCAAGGUGAACCAUCUGCUAAAAGCCUCGCUCCCCAAACUGCCCAACGUUCAGCUGCUGGACGUGGACGUCGGCUUCGUGCACUCAGAUGGCACCAUCUCGUACCACGACAUGUUUGAUUUCCUGCACCUGACAGGAGGGGGCUACGCAAAGAUCUGCAAACCCCUCCAUGAACUGAUCAUGCAGCUGCUGGAGGAGACCCCCGAGGAGAAACGAGCUGCCCUGGCCUGAGUAGCCGAUGUCGGCGUUAACAGCAUCAUCCAGCCCAUCAGAUCAGUUCUGUCACUGGCACUACAGAAUCCUUCUUUCUUAAAGCACUUUCCAUUGUAGAAUGUUACCGGAUGUUCGUACCUAGUGUUUUGAGGGGGAAGGCUAAUGUUUAACUGGUCUUGUACAUAUGAGGGCCGGCUUGGUUGGUUUUAUUGCAGGAGGAGAUUAGCUGAAGAAGAGUUUUACUUUUAAACCAUUCCUCAUUUAAACCGAGAACAGGACUGUCACUCUGUGCCCCUCUCAUGUCUUGUUGCUCUGUGGUUGUCCUAGAACCCUCGUAGCCUGUCUCUGACGGCCCGCGCACAGCUCCUGGCUCACCGCUCCUGGCUGUAGGGAUUGUGCUCUGUGUAUUAGCCUGUGAACAAGAAUCACAUUCCACUUGCAAAAGCCAGAACAGAUGCAUUUUUCCAAACUCGGUCCCACCUUUUAAAGUUUUUUUGGGGUUGUUUUUUGUGGCUCGUUUUUCUUUUUCCUGGGGGGGUUUAAGUGACACGUGUUGCUUUCUCACUCCUCCUUUCUGAAGCAGCAUGAAACUGGAAUUCAGAAAUGUAAAGAAACAGUUAACCGAACUGGUGUAACACUCCCAGGUGCUUGUUCUUGUGCUUAUUUCACCAUGCCCACUAGCCGGGACACCUUCCUCCCCCGUAGCUUUCCCUGGGGGCAGUCUCGUUCAGGUGCUGCUGGCUGUCCUGUUCUCUGCUCCUGUCUGUGUGUGGUGUCGCUGGCUUUUAACAGUUGCUCAGUUGAGGAUUUUAAUUAUCCAGUAAACACCGCGCAAGGCAGUCGCUUCCUCGCUACUCUAGAGCUGACAUUUCAUUCCUCCGAGAUGCCUGUGCCGCAGGGCUCUUUGCAGUGCUGUUUGUUGUUCUUUUCGGUUUUUUUAAGUAAGACUGUUACAUCCUUUUUUUCUAAAGGAAGCCCAUAUGAAUAGCCCCUGUCUGCAAGGCCUAAAUCAGUCCGAAGCUUUACAGAUUCCAAGGUGUAUAUUUCUUUAUUGCUUCUGUUUUACUUGUAUAAACAUUUUAUUCGAGCAACUACAGCCUGUUGCAGUAAAAAGCGAAGUCAAGGCGUAGCUUUUCCUGCCCUGGACGCUGCUCCUCGCCUCUAGCCAAGGGAGCCGGAGGGGCAGGUGCCCUCCUACAGGGGCUGCCACUAGGUGGGAUUUUGGUUUGGUUGGUUUUUUUGUUACGAGGUCUGGUUGUAGUCUACUAUGAUCGUAUGAAAACAGCCUUUCGUUUAAAAAGUGAAAGGUUCUCUUUUUCAGAAAGAAACCGGUUUGGACCCGAAAGGCAGAGCCCUAGAUGACUAGAUAACUCUACUUGCAAAUCAAACCAUUUUAAACAAAGUCUGUUCCUCCUUGGCUUACCUGCCGGAGUCGGAGCUCGGCGGUGCUGUGCAGACCUCGUCGCGGUUUGCGCUACGGUCGCUGGCCGAGAGCCGCCGCCGCAGGUCUCUGCGCUCCUGCCCCGGUGAGCGGGAUGUGCGGUCACCGGGCUCGGCUCGGCAGGUAAACCGGAGAGGAACGGAUAGCUUUUCAGCGGGCCCUUCGUACCGUGUCCCGAGUGAGGGGUGUUUUGGUGUCCAGGUUGCUUGCUGUGCCCUGCUGCAAUGAAGUACAUAGGUACUGUAUAUAGUCUGUCUGCCCUUUUUUAUAAUAAAGGGUGCUGGUGUUUAAUGCAGUCUAUAACCUAGCAUUAAGGAAUACUUUAAUGUCCCCACUACAUUCCCCUCUUCCUGUAGAUUUGAUCAUAGCAGGAUUUCUGCCUGGAUUGCAUGCAUAGUGUGUGUUUUGUUUCCAGUAUAUGUGAUCUACACACAGAUGAAGGAAAGAUGAAGCGUUCCACUUGCCAGGAUCAGAAGUAGGAAGUUUCGGAGUGCCGCGGUAGAGGAGGGAUUAGGGUCCUACCCCCACAAACCAGACUAGGGACGCGCUGCUCCCCGAGGCUCGCUCGGCCUCUGCGCUCUGGAGCUCCGCUGCCUUGCAGGAUGGGCUUUAAGGGAUUGCGCUUCCGAUAAGAUGCUUGCUGGAGAAGCUGGGGCAAGGGAGAGUGGAAAAUGAAAGAUGAAAAAUAGGCUGCAGUGGAGGAUUCCUAGGGGAAGGACCUAUCCCACCCCCCGUGCACCCCUUUAGGGAGGCAGGAUAAGACACGUUCUGCUCCCGGUGAGCUUUUCGGGUUUCUAGGCUUGUGUGAAAAGGCAGUGUGGUAGUUUCACCUCUGCGUCUCUGCUUCCCUCGCCGCUGUCGCUGCUUUUGGCUGAAGCGAUGCUAACCAGGAAUGUACUCUCCAGUAAAAAGCCCUGACUCCUCAGCUCGGCACCCGUGCUGCCGGGGCUGUGCUGGGCUGUGAGUCAGCCCCUCUUGGCAGGGUGCCGAGUGGACCGAGAGGUUUGGCAGGCCCCGGAGCCUCGGCAGCGUGACCGGGGGCGGCUCUGCUUAGGCUUGGCGUGCCGAGGUGCCACGCGCUCUGCUUGGUUCAGUGCUCACUGCCCUCCUCCUCUGCUCCCGUAACCAUCUCAGGUGCUGCCGGCACCGCGUAAAGAACACGAGGCUUCCUCUCCGCUCAGGCUUCAGCUCUGCUUGUCGCUGCCUAGUAAGAAACUGUCCCGCUCACAGCUGCGAGGUUUUGUGGGAGGGCAAGGAGGGGUUCUCCCUGACCUAGUACUAAAAACCGAGCGCCUCGUCACAAGACGUGUAGAAAAGCUUUGGCUCCAGCUCUGGGUGACCGACGUCCCUUGGGGUUGGGGCCGGGCUCCCCCUGCCCGGCCAGCGGGAGCCGUGUCACUGUUAAGGGCUGGCUGGGAAAGAACCGGCCUUGGGGGGCUUCCCCCCUCCCUAAAGAACCCGGCUGCAUUUGUCAGCUCUGUGCCGGAGCCUGCUGUCUCGCCUGCAUGAGCACUGCCAGUUUCGUAUUUAUCGCGGCAGAGAAAAACAAAAGAUGUGAAAGGACAGAAAGAGUCUCUUGUAACUGGCCGGGGGGACGGGAGGAUGGCCGCAGGAGGGGACCUGCCAGGAGGAAAGCCCGUGCCAUCCGCCUCCCCCUGCGCUGCCCUGCCUGCAGGCGCUGCCCGCUCACCGCCCUGAGCCUUCCCGGGGCCAAAAAUUGUGAUUCUGCUUUGGUAAAAAUGCAUCGGCUGGUAGAACUCACUCUGUUAAUGCAUAUUUCGAUAUAAAUGUCAAUGUUUCACCCCACCGUGUUGCAGUGUGUGUGUGUGUGCGCCCAGGCGCCCGCGUCUCUCCUUCCCUCUCUGUGUUGGUGACUCGUUCUGUUCCGUUCCUGCGGGGCCGGGGAGCUGCUGCCCCACACCGAGCUGCCGAACCAGCCUCCCGCCAGCCUUCCCUGCCAAGGGGCUUCAGAGUGGACCCUCACUCCUCGCUUAAUCUCUGUUCUUCUCCCCGCUCUGCUGGGGGGCUUUUUGUUUGUUUUUCCUCUCCUUUCACCGUGCAGAGCUCAGAUCCUGUCCCCAGCCCUGUAAGCAAGGUUCCGCAGGUAAAGGUAACUGGUAUUUUGGCCCUCGACGGGACACCAGCUUGUAUUUGGUUUGUCUUUAAUAGCCCUAAAGUGAACAGGGAAAGCGCAUCACCACGCAACACAACUUACAGUCAUCCCAGCGGAGGCGGUAACUCGAGUUCCAACAGCAGUUUAGGAGUCGGUCGGAGUUCUGCUUCUAGCUCCUGCAUGGGCGUCCGUCUGUCCCCGAGCAAGUCGUUCCAUCUGCUGUCAGCGUCACCACCCGUAACCUGGAAACAAUGUGCAGACUCUGAAAAGUGCUUUGGGAUCCUCGGUGAGAGGACCUAUAGAAAUAAAGUGCACAAUAGCAGCAGC